GGGGCGGUUACCAGGUCGGCCCAGUGCGCAGGCGCGGGAAAGUUGAAUUUCCGAAAAGUUUGUUGAAAUUGAGUGAAAGCGUGGGCCCCGGCGCAACUAGAACAGAACCCCGAACAAGGUGCCUCCAUGGCCGGCUCUGAAGAGCUGGGGCUCCGAGAGGACACACUGAGGGUUCUGGCAGCUUUCCUUAGGCGCGGUGAAGCUGCUGGGUGCCCGGUCCCAACACCACCCAGGAGCCCUGCCCAAGAGGAGCCAACAGAUUUCCUGAGUCGUCUCCGAAGAUGCCUCCCUUGUCCCCUGGGUAGAGGAGUCCCUCCCCCGGAGUCCUCUCGGCCCUGCUUCCUUCCCCUACGCCCCUGCUAUGACUCGGGACCUGGUCCAGCUACGUCAGACUUCUAUGCCAUGGUUGCCCAGCGUCUGGAAAAAUUGGUCCAAGAGCAACUGAGAUCUCCCCCCAGCCCAGAGUUCCAGGGACCCCCACCCACAGAAAAGGAAGCCCUGCUAAGGAGGCUGGUAGCCUUGCUGGAGGAGGAAGCAGAAGUCAUCAACCAAAAGCUAGCUUCUGACCCAGCUCUGCACCGGAAACUUGCUCGCCUGUCAGCGGGCUCCUUCGCCCGUCUUGUGGAACUCUUCUCCAGUCGCGAAGUCAGCUCCUCCCCAAGCUGUGCAAGCCCCUCGUUGCCAUGCCCGGCGCCCCCACCGCCAUCCCCGGAGCCAUUGGCUCGCCUGGCUCUGGCUAUGGAGCUGAGCCGGCGCGUGGCCGGGCUGGGGGGUACCCUGGCCAGCUUCAGUGUGGAACAUGUACACAGCUUUGCGCCCUGGAUCCAGGCCCAUGGGGGCUGGGCAGGCAUCCUGGCUGUGUCACCUGUGGACCUGAACUUACCUCUGGACUGAGUGCUCCCUGAGGCUGCUGCAGGCGUGACCACAGGUGCUGCUGACACAUGUAUUUCCUCUCAGGGCUCAGGUGGUGACUGCCAUACCACCAUUCUUCUCUUUUUCUUGCCAAAAAGAUUGUUUAGAAAUAUUUCAGUAAAAAUCUUUGUUCUUUAACUA